GAGCUACACGUGCGCGAAGGCAACCGUCUUUUUUUUUUCAUCUCUUGCAAUUCCGAGCUUGCAUAUUUAAAUAGUAGUAUAAAGAAAAAACAUUUUUUUUUUCGCAUCUAUAAAUCUUACAACGGCAGUGCAAAGUUUGAUUAUCGUUGAAUUAUUUCAAGUAAUUGGAAACAUGAUUCUUAUAUUUCAUUUGAAUAAUUUAUUCAAGAAAAAAUAAAAACAAGUUGACGUUCACUUGUUCGCGUGUUGAUAACUACGAUUUUAAGAAGAUGAGGUACAAGCACAUCGUAACGAUAGGCACUGUCCUAAUCACUAUCUUCGUCCUGUUGGCAGCUCUCAUGUAUUACUUUAAUCAAGACAGCUGUUCAAAAGGUACGUUCCCUUGUGCAAACAGCACCAUGUGUUUACCACAGCAAAAGUGGUGCAACGGUGAGAUAGAUUGUCCCGAGAAAGACGACGAGUCAAUCACGUGCAUUGACUUAUUUGGAAAUUGGAAAUGGUACGAAGACAUAUUUUUAAACAAUGAAACAAGACCCAAACCACGUUGUCCAAACGUAACUGAUGAUAGUCCAGGCUACUUCACUAGUUGCAUCUAUGAUAAUUGCGUUAUUGAAUGUCAGGAAUAUGCUGAACAUGAGUUUCCACCGACUUUUCUUGAAGGCGUUGCUUUGAUACGUUUUGAGAACAGCUCUAUACCAGUUUUAAAAUAUAAUUCGUUCGAGCGAUAUUCUCAUUUAAUGGAACUGCAUCUCGACAAUAACACAAUACGAUUCCUCGAGCCCAACGUGUUUGCAAAUCAGAAAGCUUUAACUUUGCUCAAACUAUCUCAUAACAAUAUACGAGAAAUCAGACAGGGCAAUCUAAAUGGUUUGAUAUCUUUGAACACAUUAAUAUUAGAUUUCAACGAAAUUCAUAGUUUGGAUCUGAGUGAUUUGGAAAAUAGCGAAAAUCUAACUUUAUUAGAUCUAACUAGAAAUCUAUUAACGUCUUCAAACUUUUAUUUACCAUAUCUUCCUGCGUUGAAUGAACUAAAUUUAGACGAGAAUCGACUGGAAUGCAUUACGAGCGACAUGUUUUCCCGACUACCAAUGUUAUCGUCUUUAACGCUGGAAAAUAAUUUAAUUCAAACUAUUUCUCCAGAUGCUUUUGCAAAUUUAGUUAAUUUAUUAGAUUUAAACUUGAUGCAUAAUCAAAUUGUUACUGUACCUCCCAGCCUUUUUAUGAGUACUCGAAAUCUUUCGAAACUGCAAAUUGGGCAUAAUGAAGAUUUAUUGCCAGAAAAUUUGUUACCGUCUUUAUUACCUUUGAAAAACAGUAUAAACUCACUAAAUGUCGAAGAGAUAAUUAUGGACGAUGUUGAAAAAGAUUUUUUCAACGUAUUUACUGGACUUGAAUUUUUAUAUUUCAAACGCUUUCAUUACUGUACGGCUUAUGCUCCAAAUGUUCAAAAAUGCAAGCCGCCGAGCGACGGAGUUUCUUCAUUAUCGCAUUUGCUGCGUAAACGAUUACUUAGAAUUGCUGUUUGGGGCAUCUCUUGCGUUACGUGUCUGGGUAACGCUCUUGUGUUGUGGGGGAGGUUCACGGCCAAGGAUGAGAAUCGAGUUUUGAGUAUAGUCAUUAGAAAUCUAGCAGUAUCCGAUAUGCUAAUGGGACUUUACUUAUUCAUCAUCGGAAUCGAAGAUAUUCGCUUCCGCGACAAUUACAAGCAAGAAGCAAGUGCGUGGAUAUCAUCAUGGUCUUGUACAAUUAUUGGUAUGAUUGCUAUGGUAUCGUCCGAGGUAUCGGUGCUGAUCUUGUCGUUCAUGUCGGUGGAGCGAUUUAUGCUGAUCGUAGCACCGUUGAGAGGUCACCGUGCCAUGACCCCGCAAACCGCGGCUUCCUCCAUGAUCGCCGUCUGGGCCGUCGGGAUCACUCUCGCUCUUAUUCCCGCGAUUCAUUGGCGCAGCAGUACACGUUUUUAUGGUUUGAACGGCAUGUGCUUCCCGUUACACAUAGAUAAUCCCUUUCUUGUUGGAUGGGAAUACUCAGCGUUCAUUUUUCUUGGUCUCAAUUUACUUGGUCUUGUCAUCAUUGGAUACGUUUAUGCUGGGAUGUUUAUAAGCAUAUGGAGAACUCGUCAUGCUACUCCACUUUCAGUUGGUGAUUCGGAAUUCAUUCUACGAUUCUUCUUGAUUGUGCUGACAGAUGCUGUUUGCUGGGCACCCAUAAUUAUCCUUAAAAUUUUAGCUUUGACCGAAUAUCCAAUUAAUCCUGAUUUGAAUUCUUGGGUGGUGAUUUUUAUUCUUCCGGUGAACAGCGCCGUCAAUCCGUUACUGUACACGUUUACCACCCCGAAGUUUAGAGAAAGACUGGCUAAAGGAUUGUUUGGAAGGGUGUGUGACAUUGUAUCUCGAAAGCAAUCAAGAAGUGAAUCGCAAGUAUCUAACGUGUACAACAGUAAAAAUACAACAUCGGGUACAGGUAUUCCUAGAGAUUCGUCCAUAGAAGAGAAGCAAGUAUCAUCAAAUAACAUGAGAAAUAUGAUAUUGUGCAUGCCGUCACCAAAAAAAUCAUCGAUUGAAAAAGAAAAGGAAGAUACUUCCUCGAAUGAAAUGAAAAAUAAGAAUAUAAUGCUGUGUAUGUCUUCUCCUAGAAAAUCUUUGGAGAAAGAAUCGAAGAAAAACAAAUCUACUGAUGAGUUAUAUUUGGUAGAUUAAUAUUUUGAAUCUAGGCUUUACUUAUUUUUUAAAAUUUGAAAAGUUAAGAAGUUUUCAGUUGUUUUGAAAAUGAAUUAUGAAUGUAAUGAUCGAUUAAAUUUUUCUUUUCGAAGCAGGCUGAUCAUAAGGUUUGAUGUUAAAUAAACCACAUAACAAAUCAGUAUUAUCAAUCUUAAUCGCUUAUGUAACUAGUAUUAUAUAUAUGUGUAAUUAUAUAUUUUUAAAAGUAAAAUAAAGGUGUCACUGA